AAGGGGGGGGGGGGGGGAAUGAGCAUAAACCCGAGUAGAGGACUUGCAGUGCUGCAAAUAAUUGCUUGGUUUUCGGGGCUCAAAGAUCAAAAAGGACUUUCCUGACAUUUUGAAAGCACCUGACCUCCGCUCUUACGAAGAGAAAAUAAAAGAAUAUAGAAUAUAGAGAAUAGAAUAGAAUAGAAUAGAAUAGAAUAGAAUAGAAUAGAAUAGAAUAGAAUAGAACAGAAGGAGGAAUAGAAUAGAAGAAGGAAUAAAAUAGAAUAAGAAUAGAAUAGAAUAGAAUUCUUUAUUGGCCAAGUGUGAUUGGAUACACAAGGAAUUUGUCUUGGUGCAUACGCUCUCAGUGUACGUAAAAGAAAAGAACAUUUGUCAAGAAUCAUAAGGUACAAUGCUUAAUGAUAGUCAUAGGGAACAAAUAAGCUAUCAAAACCUAUUAGGAAACAGUCAAUAUGAAUUUUAAAGAUACCAGCAACAAGGUUACAGCUGUAUAGUCAGAAGUGGGAGAAAUAAAAUUAGAAUAAGAAUAAGAAUUAGAAAUAGAAUAGAAUUAGGAAUAGGAAUAGGAAUAGGAAUAGGAAUAGGAAUAGGAAUAGAAAAACAGUUGGAAGGGACCUUGGAGGUCUUUCUAGUCCAAUCCCCUGCUUAGGCAGGAAACCCUACACCACUUCAGACAAAUGGUUAUCCAACAUCUUCUUAAAAACUUCCAGUGUUGGAGCAUUCACAACUUCUGGAGGAAACAUUUCUUGGAUUUGCCUUGGGAAGACAUCUUAUUCCCUCAUAUUCUUUCGCAUCUCCCUCUGAGACAGCUCUUGAGCCUGCAAAGGGUCAGCAAGUGUUUCCGGAAUCUAAUCCAGCUUUAUCUUACCAACCUGCGCUGUUUUGAUUCUAGUCAGGUUGGGCCUCAUAUCCCAAAACCUGCAUUCUGUGUCCUGUUAAGAGACAAUAAAGUGCUGCAACAACUAGCCUUGCAAAACUGCUCUGACUGGUUAUCUGACAAGGAACUGCUUCCCGUGAUUGGCCAAAACCAUCAGCUGCAACAGAUUGAAUUGAACGGCUGCGUACAGCUGAGCCGCCAUGCUUUGGUGGCCAUCUCUUUGGGCUGCCCCAAUUUGCGGCAACUUUCUUUGGCCCAUUGCGAAUGGGUGGAUGGACUUUCCUUGCGGAGCCUCGCUGAUCACUGCAAAGAGCUUGAAUCUCUAGAUCUUACAGCCUGCCGGCAGCUGAAAGAUGAAGCCAUUUCCUAUCUUGCUCAAAGAUGCAACAAAUUAAAAUCCCUUUCGCUGGCUGUUAAUGCCAAUGUUGGUGAUACGGCCGUAGAAGAAAUUGCCAAAGCCUGUUCUGACCUGGAGCAUUUGGACCUCACAGGCUGCCUGCGAGUGAAGAACAACUCCAUUAGGACCUUGGCAGAGUACUGCCCUAAGCUUCGUGCCUUGAAGGUGAAGCAUUGUCACGAUGUCGCGGAAUCCAGCCUGAGCAUAUUGCGUAGUCGCGGAGUGGAGUUGGAUGUUGAGCCUCCAUUUCAACGUGCCCUAGUUCUCUUACAGGAUGUAGUGGGCUUUGCCCCAUUUAUUAAUCUUCAGAUCUAAUGAAAAGAAGAUACUGGAAAUUGUCUCGCAAAGUUUAAAAGUCUAAGAUUUCAUCUUUUUUCAUUAUUGAACUGGGCCUGUUUUGAGCCAUUAAUUCCUCAUGUGGAAGUUUGUGUUGAAAAAAACAAACACUGCAUUUGCAUGAAAAGUAUAAUUUCCAGCUUCCAUUUAUUGCUGCUUCUCAUUAAUUGCCCUACCUGUCUGUUAUUAAAGAUAUUCUAGCGAUUGAUUUGAACUGUAAAGUAGCUCCAAGCAAUGGCAUUGUUGAAUCUGUUAUCCAGUGACUUUUUCACAUGGAACUUGACAAAUCAAUGUGGAAAUACUGUGGGAAGAUUUAAAAAGCUCCUUGGAGACCAAGAGAUGGACAACACUAUAAUUUUUCUGUUGUUUUGAACGGAAUGCUUGAGAAAUAACUGCAUCUAUUUAGAAUUGCUAUUUUUUUUUUUAAAUUUGUAGUUCUUUUUAGUGUUAAAGGAAAGACAACUUUUAAAUCAGGCUUGAAGUCUUGGUGAUUGUAUGGACACAGCCAUGCAGUUUUAGUGCAUAAGUAUCGAGGUGGAUUGCCACUGUCUUUUGGGACAUUUUGACUUUCCAGUCAUAUCUAUAGUCCUAAUAUUCCCUGGUGAUUCAAGCAGAGGUGGUAUUCAGCAGGUUCGUACCGGUUCGGGGCGAACUGGUAGCGGUGACUGUGAGUGGCCCGCCCACCCAUCCCGGUAUAACGCCAUCCUAUUUAGCCAUGUUUCCGAGGUCUGGCGCAUGCACACAAGGCAAAGCACAUGUGUGGAAGAGGCGCACGUGCGUUAAACGAGCAUGGGCACGCGCAGCGGACCGGUGGUAAGAAUUUGUGAAACCCAUCGCUGGAUCCAAGUAUUAAUCAGAUGCAAUUUUGGUAGUAGAACUGUGCAAAACAUUUCAAAUUGAACUGUUCCUCAUUCGAAACGUGUUGUUCCAACUAUGAAGCACCUUGUCUUGAAUGAGAAGCACCUAAUCUGAGUAAUUUGGAAGUGUUUCAACAUAAACACAGCUAUGUUCCACGUGUGAGUCUGUUGCGUCAAGACAGCUCAGUUCAAAAUCUUCUGUAGAUCCUUGCUUAAUUUCUGAGCCUAAACAUGGUCAGAAUUACAGAACAGAUGGGUUAUAGUGCUGACAUCCACAAAAUUGCCUUGGUACUACAGUGGUUUAAAGCACCCUGUUAUUAACACAGCUGCCUGCAAUUUACUGCUGGUUCGAAUCUCUCCAAGGCUCAAGGUUGACUCAGCCUUCCAUCCUUUCUAAGGUGGGUUAAAUGAGGACCCAGUUUGUGGGGGCAAUAAGCUGACUUUGUAUAAAUAUACAAAAGUAUGAAGGCUAUUGCUUAACGCACUGUAAGCCGCCCUGAGUCUCCGGAGAAGGGCGGCAUAUAAAUCAAAUUUAAAAAAAAAAAAAAUUGUCUCCUUUGAAAGACAAAGAUGGUAAUUAUGUGUAUAGAAGAAGUUACUAUAACUUAAUAUUCAAAUGGCUGAAAAACCAUUGGAAAAUUCAUGUCUGAAAGAAAGCAUAUUUCACCAUAAUUUACAUGAAUAUGCUUAAAUUAUACACACAGCCUUGUAGAUCAACAAAAGUACUUUGUUAGCAAUAUAUAUCUUCUGUAUGCAGAAGAUAGGUUUUAAAGAUUGUAUAUAUAAACUAAGGAAAUCCUAAUAUCUUAGAUAAGUAAGGAGUUUAAUGUCUCACUUCUUGGUUAAUAAUUAGUAAAUCAAGUACUUCCUUGAGAAUACACAGGGCUAAGUCAAAUAAUUCAGUGUAGCUUGCUUUUCUUGUCUGGUUACACCCGUUUUUAUUUUUAACAUCCUUUUAAAUUAACCUGUUUCUCAGUAAAAUAUCACCAAUUUUGUGGGUUGUAACCAUAAAGGGUUCAUUACAAUAAGUCUCAAAGUAUGUAUAUAGUCUAUGUUAAGAUGGCUGACUUAUCCCUAUAUUAUUCUUGGGAAAUUCGUAAGUCAGAAUAUCUUUUUUAGUAAGAGUGACUGAACCUGUCAAUUAAAAGCAAAUUUUAUUUCUCUCCCCUUAGCAAGAGGUAUAAAGUCAGUACUGUGGUGUACAGUUGUGUAAUUCAAACAAGCAUGAGAUGUGCUUCCAAUUUAAAUACUCUGCAGAAAAUACCGUAUUUUUCAGAGUAUAAGGCACACCUUUUUCCUCCCUAAAAGGAGGUGAAAAUUUAGGUGCGUCUUAUACACCGAAUGUAGCCCCUCCCACCCACUGGCUCCCACCCUUUGGCCUCUGCCUCACAGCAGUUACCUCCUUGCAAACAAACAGCAAGAAAAAACAGCUCUUUUCAGCUUCAGCACAGCCUAAUUAGCACAAGGUGAUUGAAUUGGCCUCCCGACUCUCAGCUGAUUUGCUCUCAGCUGUUUUGUGCAGGCUCUGCUGCAAAGAGGUAAAUUGCUGGAGGAGAUUUUUUUUUUCCUUGUGCUAAUCAACCUAUGCUGAAAACGAAAAUGAAAGUAAAGCAGGCUGUUUGCUGUUUGCUGCAACGAGGCAGAGGGAGAUUUCUUUUUCUUCUUUUCCUCACCAAAAAAGGUAGGUGUGUCUUUUACUCCAGUGCGUCCUAUACUCCGAAAAAUACGGUAGUAUGUAUUUCAAUUCUCAAAAAAUUGGGAACUAAUAGAAGACAUAUAUGUCAUUGCCUCAAACCUGCACUAUCUGACUCAAUAUAGACACUGUGCCGCUUCUUAUUUCAUGGGUAUUAUAAAAGUUCUACUAUAAAAGGAGAACUAUUAAAAGAGAACUGCACAGUUUUCCUAUAGGGAAGGAUAUACUACACUAUAAAGAAGGAUUUUUUUUUGUCAGCUAGUUGCAGCUUGUUAAAUUACACAUGUUGCUUAAUGUUACCUUCUUUGCUAUUAUAAGUCUCAGGUUGGUGAUCAAAGAUACAAUUCAUGAAAGUGAAAUUUGACAAGUUGGAGUAUGUUAGAUUUUUUUUUUUUGAGAUAACUAAAGACUUCUCUUUUCCCCACCCUAUCAAUGAUAUUUGAAACACUGAAUUGAAUCAUGAAAUUUAAGAUAUUAUUAGAAAACAAAAUGUUGUUUAAAUCAAAUGUAAAUAUGGUACUGAUUCAUCCUGUUGGUUAGGAGAAUUCAUUAUGAAAUAGAAAAUAUCCCUUGGAAAUUAAAAAAAAAAGUGUAAUGAAGUUGUGUUGUUGGUAGAAAUGAACAGUCCCAGUAAAAUGCAAUGCUAUUACAGAUCCUCUGCUGGCAGAGCCAGAGUUACAAUUAUAAUUUAUUCCAUUAUACUUGCCUAAUAAAUCUGAUUUACUGUA